AUGGUUCUGUUCCUUUGCUUUUUGCUUUUUGCUGCACUUGUGAGCUGGUACUUCAGUGAUGAAGAUGAAUGCUAUGACUACGAGGAGGAAGGCGCCGAAAAGAGGACUAUGAUCGGGAUACUUUUCCCAUCCGAUGAAGACGAUAAAGUUGAUGAUCCACUAUUUGGCCACUGUAACAGGGAGGAAUGUUCCAAGAAAAGCCUACGUCAGCCCUAG